AUGGGGCCGCCAGCACCACCUCCACCUUCACCCGAGGAAGCACAAGAAAUUAAGCAUCAAGCGGCGAGGUCAAUUGCAUCUCUUCUUCCGGCUGUCGUUACGCGAAGAUACUAUGCAACCAACGACGAUAGCGAUCUCGUCGAUCAAAUCGAACAAGAUAUACUUGAGCCGUUUGAUGAUGUCUAUCUCAACAAGCACUUGAUAUAUGCCAUUCUUGAGCUGAUACUGGUGAAGUUAAUUCCUGAAUUGGGCCAACAGACCAUCACUGAUCUGCUUGCCGAUCGAGGCGUUGUUUCAGAUGAAGAUUUUGGUCCGGUGGCUAUUAGUCCGGAUACUGAUGAGGACGAGAAUGUAAACUCCCCUAAAGUAGCUUGA